ACAUAUGUAGUCUCAUGGAGUGAUUAAAAUCUAUUAUAUAUAUUGUAUUUCAAAAUAAAUAUUAUUAACCAAUGUGCUAAACCCAUCAUAAAACUAUGACGAAAAUUAAUUUAAUUUAAUGCAAAUCCCCAAUUAAAAAAAAAAAACCUCAUCAUACAAUCUUCUUGCCUAUAUAAAUUGGUCUCCAAUUCACAUUACAAGAACAUCCAUCAUAAAUCAUAAUUCAUUUCUUCAUUUUUUUUAAAGAAUUCAUACCCCCAUUUGUCAAACCAUUAUACUUUCAUAAAUAAAAAAUAAAAUCAUAAAAGAAAAACCCCCUAAAACAUGACUUAAAAAAACAAUUAAAAAAUUCAGGUGUUAGGAGAGAGAAACGGUCUGAGGGUGUUCUUGUAGGUGUGUUGUGUGUAGAUGGCGACGGAGCUCGUCAACCGAUCUCCGUUAUUCUUUUCAAUCUUCGCUCAGGUGGAGAGAAGUUGAGAAGUGUAAUUAGGUGAUGUCUGUUGAUAGCCUUGUCAAGCAAUGGGGUUGUGGAAAACCAGGUGCGAAUCAUCAGAGAAUGGGUUCUAUCACUUCUAUCGUUUGCGACAUAGGGGAUCCUUGCCUUCAUCAUUCGCCUAUCAAGGUAAACAAAAUGCUGAAGCCUGAUAAGUGGCAGGCAGUUUUUGAUAGCGAAGGCAAGGCUCUAGGUUUUCAAAAAGCUUUGAAGUUGAUUAUCUUAGGGGGCGUGGAUCCAUCUAUAAGGUCAGAAGUAUGGGAAUUUCUUCUCGGCUGUUAUGCACUGGGCAGUACCAGAGAGUACCGUAAUCUGCUGAGAGCAGCCAGAAGGGAGCGAUAUGAAGAACUUGUAAGACAAUGUCAAAAAAUGCAUUCAAGCAUAGGAACGGGCUCACUUGCUUAUGUUGUUGGCUCGAAAAUUAUGGAUGUGAGGGCAUAUUCUAAAGAUGAUGUGAAAAGAGAAGCUGAUUCUGAAGAAAGACAUGCUUCCGGAGAUGAUACUAACAAACUUAACGCUUACUGUGAUAGGAAUAAUAACUGUACAGAUACAACAUAUACAUGCCAAAGGGCAAGCUCUAGCGAUUCUUCUGAUGUUGCCAGUGUGAGAGAAAGCAUUGAUAGUGCUGCUUAUGAUUCAUCUUGCCUUGUUCCCAGUCCUGUAAAAUUCAAUUGCAGUUCCUUGAGACCUAGGAGGCAAGCUAAUGAAUCUCAAUUUCCAGUUGAUGAAUAUUAUGAUUUUCCUGCCUUACCGGUCACAGAUUUAUUUGAGAAAAGUGAUGAAAGUGAUCAAGCAAAUGAAUCACAUGAUGAUGGACAUUCUACACCAUGGAAAAGAGUUGGCAAUCAAAGCAUGCACAGUUUUCAGAUUGAUAAUAAUGAUGAAUUAGUUAUUGAAUCAAAUGGCUCACGAUCUAGUGUUCGACAGUCUAUCAGUUCCGAAAUUGAGAUGGCUGAUGGCCGCUGUGAUACUCCUCACGAGCAAGUGUUGAGACAGGAUAUUCAAAAGUACAAAAAUAAAGUACUGAACAAAUUGAGGAUAUCUGAUGUGCCAGAAACAGCAGAGCUUUAUUCGAGCAAAUGCGAAGAAGCUGAACCUAGUGAAGAUAAAGUAUCUGAAUGGCUCUGGACUCUGCAUAGAAUAGUGGUAGAUGUGGUUAGAACUGAUAGUCAUCUUGAGUUCUACGAGGAUCCAAAAAAUUUGGCCAGGAUGUCCGACAUUCUUGCUGUUUACGCAUGGGUUGAUCCUGAGACAGGAUACUGCCAAGGAAUGAGUGAUUUACUGUCUCCAUUUGUCGUUCUUUUUGAAAAUGACGCGGAUGCAUUUUGGUGCUUUGAGAUGCUUCUUCGACGAACGAGAGAAAAUUUUCGAAUGGAAGGACAAACUGGAGUAAUGAAGCAGUUGCAAACACUUUGGCAAAUCUUAAAACUGACUGACAGAGAAAUGUUCUCACACUUAACUCACAUAGGUGCAGAAAGCCUUCAUUUUGCCUUCCGUAUGCUGCUGGUGCUUUUCCGAAGAGAAUUAUCUUUUACUGAAGCCCUUUGUAUGUGGGAGAUGAUGUGGGCUGCUGAUUUUGAUGAACCUCUUUCUUGGAAUCUUGCUCAAAACUGUCUUGAACCAUUGGUGCUGCAACUGCCGGAUGAUGUGGGCACUGAGAGCGGAGAGGAAAGGAAAGAAACGGACGAUAGCAGUUCAAAGUCUGGCCCACUUGCAAAAAAUGAAAAUAGUGAACAUGCCAGUUCUGAGGAGGCAGCGAUGAAGUCCUUAGCAUCUAAUCAUUCCUUUUGUGGCUUAACUAGGACCUUCUGGUCUCGGAGUGAUCGCACGCAUGAACGCACUGGGUUCUCUGCAACAAGGAAUGGGGAAGAUGACCUACCUGUGUUUUGUGUGGCAGCAAUUUUAAUUUUAAACCGUCACAAAGUCAUCAAAGAAACUCGUUCAAUAGAUGAUCUAAUCAAGAUUUGUAAUGAUAAUGUGCUGAAGAUAAGAGUCAAAAGAUGCAUACGGACAGCAAUCAAGCUCCGGAAAAAAUAUUUCUACAAGAUGAUAAAGUAUAGUAAUCCAUCGCCUCAGAAAGACCCUCCAAAUUAAUCUAGUGAUGCGCAUUCACCUAGGAUGGCUGAGCCAUUGCGUUUGAUCCUUGCUGCUUGAUCGUGCAAAGCUUCUUGUAGAUCUUCAUUUGAUUCUUUUGUGCUGUAGUUUUGAGGUCUUUGUAUUUUGUAUUGGCUCAUCCUGUGAAGUUUAUUGCAACGAAUUCUGCCUUUCUGAUGAGCUAAAUGAUGAAAUUUCCCAGCUGUAUAAAGCGGACAUGGGGCUAGAUUGGGUGAAGCUUUGUAUCUUAAUACUUUGGCUACCAGUAAAGGGUUAAACUUAAGCUAUUGAUCAGUCAAAGCAUUUUCCUACCUUCAAACUAACCAGCUUUGGCCCAUCCGUUGACUCUUCUUUUGAACUUCUGUUGAACUUUUUUUGGCAAAGAAAAUGCUGUUUCCUCCACUCUUUCUUCAUUUGCGGGAUUUGCUCUCCUCUCAUCCAAGUGGUUGAUUACUGACCUAAAAGAGAGGUUUGCAUUAGUUGAUGGAAGGAAGACUUUCAAGGUGUACACAGAUGGAUCACAGAUGAUGUGGCUCUAAGAGUUUGAUCUACAUGUCACUCUAUCAGGAGGGAAAAUAAAAUUUGAUAGCACAGUUUUGUAGUGGGUACACCCCAAUUCUUUGACACAGAAUAUAUCAAAAAUCAAUAUAAUGUUGUUUAAGUUAGUUGUUGUUCCUUACUUUCAAUGCACAAAUAGGUGGUUUUACACCUUAAUAUGUGAACAAAAUUGACUUUAGAAAGUUUUAAAGGAAAGUAGAUUAAUCAUUUAAUCUCUAUAUGAGCUAAAUUUUAAAGAUA